GCUUUUUAAUGAGACAUGGGCCACAUACUGUAUAAAAACCCUGGUCACUGAGCAGGAGAGCAGCAGAUGCUCUAAGGUGCUUGUCUUAAGAGGAUAUACAGCAGUAGGAGCUGCAGUGGUGCUAACUUUAUUUAUUUGGAACCCAAGUAUGCCAAUUUAACCUCAGAAAAUGGACCUACGAGUAGCAAGCUUUCUCCUUCUCCUGGUGGCCCUGGUUGCCGGCCAUGGCGAGAGAUACAUGGUGAAGAAAGUGGUGAAGGCCCCUUAUGCCGUGAAAAGUCAUGUGGUUUCUGUAGCUGGAGAGCCUGGUAUUCCAGGUGAGCCAGGUGAAGCUGGACCUCCAGGACCUCCCGGACCCCCUGGCCAGAAUGGUGAAGGACUUCCAGGGCCCCAGGGACCACCUGGGCAGCCUGGACCUGCUGGAUACUCAGCACCUGGAAAGCCAGGCACUCCAGGUGGACCAGGCAAACCAGGUGCAGAUGGUGCACCUGGACCUAAGGGAGAUACUGGUGCACCUGGUCCUCAGGGACCAAGGGGUGCUCCUGGACCUUCUGGCAGUCCUGGGCCUGCAGGUCUAUCGUCUACUGGCAAACCUGGAGCAGCUGGUUUGCCUGGAUCAAUGGGUCCAGGAGAGCCAGGUGCUAAGGGACAUCCAGGUAUUCCUGGUGCCCCAGGACAAAAAGGAGACAGAGGUAUUGGCAUUCAAGGGCCAGCAGGUGAGACUGGUGCAACUGGACCUAUGGGACCUGUAGGUGCACCUGGUCAGCCUGGUGUAGGUAAACCCGGUAAACCUGGCUACCCAGGUGAGCCAGGUAAGGGAGGUUCACCUGGUCGUGAUGGAGAACCCGGUCCUAUGGGACCAACUGGACCAAAAGGCCACACUGGAGCUCCUGGAGUUGGAAUGCCAGGUAAACCAGGUGAAAAUGGUGCUCCAGGAUUGCCAGGUCCUAUGGGACAUAAAGGUCCUCAGGGAGCGACUGGUGCUCCUGGUGCUCCUGGUAGUCCAGGAUAUGGUAACCCAGGUGCUUCCGGUUCAAAGGGUGAUACAGGUCCUGUAGGUAGCCCUGGUGCAACCGGUCAGAAAGGUGAGCCAGGUGCAAGGGGACCAACAGGAUACACAGGUGCAACUGGCCCAGUGGGUCCAGCUGGUUCUCAGGGUCCCAGAGGUUUCCCAGGUGAGAAAGGAGCUACAGGUGAAAAGGGCGAAACAGGUCCAAUUGGUCCUCAAGGCUUUAAGGGACAUAAGGGAGAUCAGGGGGCACCGGGAGGUGAUGGCAAACAAGGAUACCCAGGUGCAACAGGGCCACAAGGCCAAAGGGGACCUACAGGUGCUCCAGGUAGCAAAGGGGAAACUGGUGAGGCAGGUGCAACUGGUGCUCCAGGUGCAACUGGACCUGUUGGACCUAAGGGUCAUACAGGAAAUACUGGGCCAGCUGGUGAAACAGGGCCUGAAGGUGCCCCAGGGGCAAGAGGAGCUACUGGCCCUGCUGGUCCACCAGGUGCAACAGGAGCUAAAGGUCACCCUGGUCUUCCUGGCACACCUGGCCCUGCAGGUCUUGCUGCUAAAGGAAUUCCUGGACCUCAAGGUCCACCAGGACUUCCUGGAUCAGAUGGUGCCGAUGGUGAACCUGGACCAGCUGGCCCUCCUGGCCCACCUGGUCCUCCUGGUGAGGUUAUUAUUGCAGAAACAAAGGGAACUUUUGUCAGUGAGCCUUUUAUGAAGUCCCCAAUGUCUGCCUUUAGUGCCUUAACUACAACACCUUAUCCCCCAGCUGGUAGCCCUAUUAAAUUUGACCAUAUUAUCUACAAUGGUGAGAAUCAUUAUGAUCCUGAGACAGGCAUCUUUACCUGCCAGGUUCCUGGAGUGUAUUACUUCUCAUACAGCAUGCACGUAAAUGGAGCUAAUGCGUUGGUGGCACUGUACAAAAAUGAAAACCCAAUUAUGUUCACUUAUGAUGAGUACAACAAGGGCUUCCUGGAUCAGAUGUCUGGUAGUUCUGUCCUUCAGCUUAAUGAGCAGGACACUGUUUAUGUCCAGAUCCAUAAUGAUGAUGCAAAUGGUGUCUUUGCUGCUGAAAAUGUCCACUGCACUUUCAGUGGUUUCUUGAUUGCUUCCACGUGAUGCAGUCAACCAACCAUACAAUAACGUUUAAACCUUGUUACUAUUUCUCACAAACAAAAACGUUCAAACUGUUUUUUCUUUGGUAUUGAGAAAUAGAAGUAUCUUGACUUGAAAAUCCCAAGCAGUGGGGGCCAAAAAGAAGGGCAUAAGAAAUAAGGCUAUCAGGGACAUAAAGGCAGUUAAAUGCAUAAAAAGUCAUCUUUAUUUGCUUUUAGAGUAAAGAAAUUAUGUGAAGUUCAAUAAUUAUUACAUGUCCUGACCAUAUUUUGUGUUCUUUUUUUGUUUUCAAAUUUAAAACAUUGAUUUUCAUUUUUAUACAUUUUUUAACCUCUUAUUUUUUGGUUUUCUUUGUCAAUUAAACAAAAAGAAUAAAAUUCCUGACUUAUUUGCUCUUGACUUAAAUUGUGAAAGGAACAUACUGAUUAUUACAAAGCCUACAAGACAUCCAAAUGUUGUGCAUUAAAUCCUACCUGUACUUUGUAAACCAUAACGAUGAAAAUAAACUGUCUUAAAGAUA